AUGGCUCGGCGAGGAAUUCAGCUGGACUCGGCAAAGUUUUGCUGUUCCAUCUGUCUGGAUCUGCUGAAGGAUCCGGUGACUAUUCCCUGUGGACACAGCUACUGCAUGAGCUGUAUUAAAGACCGCUGGGAUAGAGAGGAGCACAAGGAAAUCUACAGCUGCCCGCGGUGCAGACAAACCUUCACAUCAAGACCUGUCCCGCGGAAAAGCACCAUCGUAGCAAAGUUACUGGAGGAAAUGAAGAAGAUGGGACUCCAAGCUGCUCCUCCUGAUCACUGCUACGCUGGACCUGGAGAUGUGGCCUGUGAUUUCUGCUCUGGGAGGAAACUGAAAGCCCUCAAGUCCUGUCUGGUGUGUCGGGCCUCUUACUGUGAGCAGCACCUCCAGCCUCACUACGAUAUCGCUCCAUUAAAGAAACACAAGCUGGUGGAAGCCACCGUGAAGCUUCAGGAGAACAUCUGCUCUCGUCACGAUGAGGUGAUGAAGAUUUUCUGCCGCACUGAUCAGCAGUGUAUCUGUUAUCUCUGCUCCAUGGAUGAACAUAAAGGCCACGACACAGUCUCAGCUGCAGCAGAAAGGACCGAGAGGCAGGAAGAGCUCGGGCUGAGUUGGCAAAAAAUCCAGCAGAGAAUCCAGGACACAGAGAAAGACGUGAAGGUGCUUCAGCAGGAGGUGGAGGCCAUCAAUUACUCUGAUGAUAAAGCAGUGGAGGACAGUGAGGAGAUCUUCACUGAGCUGAGCUGUUUGGUUGAGAAAAGAAGGUCUGAUGUGAAGCAACAGAUCAGAUCCCAGCAGGAAGAGGAAGUGAGUCGGGCUGAAGAAGUUCAGGAGAAGCUGAAGCAGGAGAUCGCUGAGCUGAGGAGGAAAGACGCUGAGCUGGAGCAGCUCUCACACACACAGGAUCACAUCCAUUUUCUACAGAAUUACCCCUCGCUCUCAUGUCUCAGUGAAUCUACACACUCACCCAGCAACAACAUCCGUCCUCUGAGCUACUUUGAGGAUGUGACUGCAGCUGUGUCAGAGCUGAGAGACAAACUACAGGACCUUCUUAGUGAGGAAUGGUCCAAGAUCUCACUGACAGUGACUGGAGUGGAUGUUCUACUGCCACAACCAGAGCCCAAGACCAGAGCUGAGUUCUUACAAUAUUCAUGUCACAUCACACUGGAUCCAAACACAGCAUUCGCAUGUCUGUCAUUAUCUGAGGAGAACAGAAAAGUAACAGUAAUGGCAGAAAAACAGUCAUAUCCCAGACACCCAGACAGAUUUACUGGAUGGUUUCAGGUCCUGAGCAGAGAGAGUCUGACUAGACGUUGUUACUGGGAGGUGGAGUGGAAGGGGGGAGUUCAUAUAGCAGUCUCAUAUCAGGAUAUCAGCAGAACAAGGAAUGGGAAUUCAUGUUUUUUUGGAUUCAAUGACAAAUCUUGGGCACUGGAUUGUUCCAACAUGAACUGUUACUUCAGACACAACAAAAUCAAAACUAAAAUCCUGCUCCCUGUGUCCUCCAGAGUGGGAGUGUACCUGGGUUACAGAGCAGGUAUUCUGUCCUUCUAUAGUGUCUCUGAAACCAUGACUCUCCUCCACAGAGUCCAGACCACGUUCACUCAGCCUCUCCAUGCUGGACUUGGGCUUUACCGUGAUGGAGCCACUGCAGAGUUUUGUGAGCUCAAAGUGGAUAAAGACUGCUGGAGAAGCGGUGGUUAUGUUUGGCGUUCCCGGGAAAUCGCCAUGAAAAAUCUGUGACUGAGAGGGGAAAUGGCUCAGCGAGGAAUUCAGCCGGACUCGGCAAAGUUUUGCUGUUCCAUCUGUCUGGAUCUGCUGAAGGACCCGGUGACUCUUCCCUGUGGACACAGCUACUGCAUGAGCUGUAUUAAAGACUGCUGGGAUGGAGAGGAGCACAAGGAAAUCUGCAGCUGCCCGCAGUGCAGACAAACCUUCACACUGAGGCCUGUCCUGGUGAAAAGCACCAUGUUAGCAGAGUUACUGGAGGAAAUGAAGAAGAUGGGACUCCAAGCUGCUCCUCCUGAUCUCUGCUACGCUGGACCUGGAGAUGUGGCCUGUGAUUUCUGCUCUGGGAGGAAACUGAAAGCCCUCAAGUCCUGUCUGGCGUGUCUGGCCUCUUACUGUGAGCAGCACCUCCAGCCUCACUAUGAUAUCGCUCCAUUAAAGAAACACAAGCUGGUGGAAGCCACCGUGAAGCUUCAGGAGAACAUCUGCUCUCGUCACGAUGAGGUGAUGAAGAUUUUCUGCCGCACUGAUCAGCAGUGUAUCUGUUAUCUCUGCUCCAUGGAUGAACAUAAAGGCCACGACAAAGUCUCAGCUGCAGCAGAAAGGACCGAGAGGCAGGAAGAGCUCGGGCUGAGUCGGCAAAAAAUCCAGCAGAGAAUCCAGGACACAGAGAAAGACGUGAAGGUGCUUCAGCAGGAGGUGGAGGCCAUCAGUCGCUCUGCUGAUAAAGCAGUGGAGGACAGUGAGGAGAUCUUCACUGAGCUGAUCCGUUUGCUUGAGAAAAGAAGGUCUGAUGUGAAGCAGCAGAUCAGAUCCCAGCAGGAAGAGGAAGUGAGUCGGGCUGAAGAAGUUCAGGAGAAGCUGAAGCAGGAGAUCGCUGAGCUGAGGAGGAAAGACGCUGAGCUGGAGCAGCUCUCACACACACAGGAUCACAUCCAUUUUCUACAGAAUUACCCCUCGCUCUCAUGUCUCUGUGAAUCUACACACUCACCCAGCAUCAACAUCUGUCCUCUGAGCUACUUUGAGGAUGUGACUGCAGCUGUGUCCGAGCUGAGAGACAAACUACAGGAGGUUCUUAGUGAGGAAUGGUCCAAGAUCUCACUGACAGUGACUGGAGUGGAUGUUCUACUGCCACAACCAGAGCCCAAGACCAGAGCUGAGUUCUUACAAUAUUCAUGUCACAUCACACUGGAUCCAAACACAGCACACACACAUCUGUCAUUAUCUGAGGAGAACAGAAAAGCAACACGAAUGGCAGAAGAACAGUCAUAUCCCAGACACCCAGACAGAUUUACUGGAUGGUUUCAGGUCCUGAGCAGAGAGAGUCUGACUAGACGUUGUUACUGGGAGGUGGAGUGGAAGGGGGGAGUUUGUAUAGCAGUCUCAUAUCAGGUUAUCAGCAGAACAGGGGGUGGGGUUGAAUGUGCAUUUGGAUACAAUGACAAAUCUUGGGCAUUGUAUUGUUACAACAUGAACUGGUACUUCAGACACAACAAAAUCAAAACUGAAAUCCCGCUCCCUGUGUCCUCCAGAGUGGGAGUGUACCUGGAUCACAGAGCAGGUAUUCUGUCCUUCUACAACGUCUCUGAAACCAUGACUCUACUCCACAGAGUCCAGACCACGUUCACUCAGCCUCUCCAUGCUGGACUGCGGCUAUGCAGUAACGGAGCCACUGCAGAGUUUUUGAGCUCAAGUAGACAGGAGUGAUUAAAGCAGCUCUGUCAUCUAUUUCUAUAACAUCUGUGUUGGUAAGCGCUUGUUUCUGUUCUUUCUUUUUUUUAAAU